AUGAAGGGACCAAAGGUCGUGAAGGUGGCGAGUGCACUGGGCAGGCGCCUCCUGAACCUCGGACCCAGCGCUGCCUGCAGGCAGCUAUAUUCCGGAGUCUGCCAGAGUAUGACGAUGCACGGUGCCUCGGUUUGGGAUCGCCUCACUGCGAGGAAUAAGGCCACGCUGCGAUCGGCGCAGAGCAUCAUCGUGUUGGGGAUGAUCCGGGGUAUUGUACGGUAUCGUAGGCUGCGGCUACCGCUCGAGCCGGUUCUCACCGAGCACGACUGCUUUAGUGACUACUUGUGUCGGACGGCCCAGAGGGAGCCGACGACUGGAUGUCACUAUUAUGGCGCGGAGGUGGACUCGGCCCAGUAUACCCUCGAGGUGUGCUCGAGAUGGGUGGCACUGCGUCGCGUUCCUACGACAGUCCUCGGAGGGGACUUGUCACUCCCGAGCGUCAUCACUGCAAUGCUUGGCAAUGACGAGUCCCGGAAGGCGACGGUCUCCUUCUGCGAGACAGUAAUGUCCCAGAAAGAAGAUGACGAGUGGGUGAGUGGUGACAAAUGGGAGUGCGUAGGAGGCGCUUCUUAA